ACUGUUUCACCCAGACACCCACACUGCACACACCCACUCUCGAGCCUCCCCUCCCUUCAUUCUCACCUCUCGCUCUCACGGUCUCACCACGUUCAGUCUCCCCCGCGAGCUUCCGGCGCAACCUCCGUCCAGCCACCGCCGCUGUCGCAAGGUCCGUGGAAGUCACUCACCUGCACAGACCCGUGGUGCCAGCUUUCCGUUCGCCCAACAAGCUUUCUUUUCAGCCGUCAAAAUCGCAGCCACCGCCAGCGCCAGUUGCCGUCGCGAGUGUCUUCCUGCCGGCGCCAGCUCUGUUCGACCCUUCCACCCCAGCCACUGUUCCUGUCGCCGCCAGCUCUGCAUUCUUCUCUGUCUUCCACUAACCCUAGCGAACCAAUCACUAGAACGGUUCGAUGACCGGUUCGGUUUUCAGAACCUUUACUUUUUACUAGUUGCAAUGCUGCCAGUGCAAUGAAAAUUUGGGAUCAACAGCAUUACUCGGCAAUUAACUACGCCUGAAACGGUGCAUUUAGAAUCGAAGGCUUAAGACUCGUCGUCUUUGGUCCUUAGUGGUGGUGGAUCUGAAAUUCUGCAACCCCUCUACCAGAUUUGCAACCCUUUGGCGAAUUCAACAGUGUUAAUCAUCUUCGAUUAUAAUCUCUCCACUGAGACUUAGAUCGAUCCAUAUUAUUCGAGUCGCCACUACAAAAAAAAUGGUGCUCACGUCCUCUGCACGUGACUACGUCAACCGCAUGCUGCAGGACAUCUCUGGCAUGAAGGUCCUAAUCCUCGAUCCCCAAACGGUGAGUAUUGUGAGCGUUGUGUAUUCACAGUCAGAGCUUCUUCAAAAGGAAGUGUUCUUGGUGGAGUUGGUGGAUUCCAUAACCAAGUCGAAGGAGCUUAUGUCGCAUCUCAAGGCUGUUUACUUCCUUCGCCCUACGACGGAGAACAUCCAGCAUUUGCGCCGCCAGCUCGCCGCUCCUAGAUUUGGGGAGUAUCACCUAUUUUUCUCCAACAUAUUGAAGGACACUCAGAUUCACAUACUUGCUGAUUCAGAUGAACAUGAAGCUGUCCAGCAAGUUCAGGAGUUCUACGCAGACUUUGUUGCAGUUGAUCCUUAUCAUUUCACUUUGCACAUCCCUUCAAGUUAUAUUUAUAUGCUCCCAGCUGUGGUGGAUCCUUCAACACUGCAACGCUUCUGUGAUCGGGUUGUUGAUGGUGUAGCAGCUGUCUUUUUGGCAUUAAAACGGAGACCAGUUAUUAGAUAUCAAAGGACGUCUGACAUUGCCAAAAGAAUAGCACACGAAGCAAAUAAACUGAUGUACCAAGAAGAAAGUGGUCUUUUUGAUUUUAGGCGAACAGAAGUUUCACCACUGUUGUUGGUGCUUGACAGGAGAGAUGAUCCUGUAACCCCAUUGCUCAAUCAAUGGACCUAUCAGGCUAUGGUUCAUGAAUUGAUAGGAAUCCAAGACAACAAGGUGGACUUGAAAUCCAUUGAUAAAUUUUCAAAGGAUCAGGAGGAGGUUGUGUUGUCGUCGGAACAAGAUUCAUUUUUCAAAGCCAACAUGUAUGAGAAUUUUGGAGAUAUAGGUAUGAAUAUCAAGCGGCUGGUUGAUGAAUUUCAGCAAGUGUCAAAGAGCAACCAGAACAUCCAAACGAUAGAGGACAUGGCCAAAUUUGUUGACAAUUAUCCCGAGUACAGAAAAAUGCAUGGGAAUGUGUCAAAGCAUGUGACUUUGGUAACAGAAAUGAGCAAGAUAGUACAACAGCGAAAACUUAUGACAAUUUCACAAACAGAACAGGAACUGGCUUGCAAUGGAGGACAAGGGGCUGCAUUUGAGGCAGUGACAAAUCUACUAAAUGAUGAUAGCAUAUCAGAUGUGGACCGGCUGCGUUUAGUCAUGCUAUAUGCUUUGCGAUAUGAGAAGGAUAGCCCUGUUCAGUUAAUGCAGCUUUUCAACAAACUGGCUUCCCGAUCUGCCAAGUAUAAAUCUGGGCUCGUCCAGUUUCUUUUAAAGCAAGCAGGUGUUGACAAGAGAACUGGUGAUCUUUUUGGAAAUCGAGAUCUAAUGAAUAUUGCCCGUAAUAUGGCCCGUGGGUUGAAGGGUGUUGAGAAUGUGUAUACCCAGCACCAACCCCUUCUUUUCCAAACCAUGGAAAGCAUAGUCAAAGGACGGCUGAGAGAUGUGGACUACCCAUUUGUUGGAAAUCACUUUCAACAAGGAAGGCCACAAGAAGUAAUCAUCUUCAUUGUUGGUGGGACAACUUAUGAGGAGUCAAGAUGUGUUGUUCUACAAAAUGCCAGCAAUCCUGGAAUUCGGUUUAUACUUGGUGGCUCUUCUGUACUCAAUUCUAAGAGGUUUAUUAGGGACCUGGAAGAAGCUCAAAGGGUAGCUCGUUCGAACACCAGCAUUGUUUGAAAUCCAUCCUGGCACAAUUUGCAUUUUAAUAUGUUUUUGUUUUGUUGUUUCAAUUAUUUGAAACUAUAAAAUUAGGAUUAAUUGAAUUCUAAAAUUUGAUUAAUUUAAAAGGAUAUUUUUGUCUAAUCAAAUAAAGGAAAGAUGUUCAAGAUUUUUUAUAAAAUUAAAUAAAAAAUAUAUUUUAUUUUAAUCUAA